AUGCGCUGUGAUGAAUCCCGUGGAAAGGAGUCAAAAGAUGAAAACAACAGCCCGCAAUCCAAGCAAAGCAAGAGCGAUGGAACCGAACAGACCGAUGAGCAAUGCUUCGAUUCUGCCGAGAGAAGCUACUGCGACGUUGACGCAGACCCACAGGCUGCAGCUGCCGCAGAUGACACACCGAACGAUUCUGAAGCAACCAAUACAAACCGCAAACGUUUGACGCUCAUUGGUGUGUGCAUUGCGAUCAGGCGAUCCGUUGUAUGGCUUGUGCGCACAUCGACAUGGCUUGGAUACGGCGAAGGCGAGCAGCGUCGCGCCACAUGGGGUCAGUGGGCACUCUACGUCAUCAGCGUGGCAGGCACGUGCGGCACCGUGUCUGUGGUGGUGCUGACACAAAGUUCUUCCGUUGAACGUUACCUCAUUGGAUGGGGGACCGGCGCAUUGGUCCUCCUACUCGUCAGCGUGCUGCAGACGGUUCAAGAGAUGAUCUCGGUGCGCUACGAGCAAAGCGACCCGAGCCGCGUUCGGUCCAUCAUGGUUGGCGUCAUGAUCACUGGUGGCGGCGCACUGCUCGCGCAGGUUUUCUUGUGGGCCUUCUUUAUUGCAUUCGCAUAUGCCACCCUGCCGUGCAUCCCUUUGCGAGUCGUCCCUGAGGACAACUCGCCACCAGAAUGGACGUCAGACAUUGAAUUCUUGAACGGACACCUGCGGCUGCGGUUUCUCGGCUGCCUCAUUCUCUCCUGCCACAUACUGUUCGCUUUCAUGUGGUGGAUCUUGGAGUUUGCCACGGGCCGCCUUACAAUUGUUCGCAUGCUGCAAUGCCGCGGCGGCUUGCUGACUGUCAGCACCAACAUGCUGGUGGUGACUGCGUCAUUUUCGUGCGUCAUGGUCUUUGCAAGCGUGUUCUCCACGCAGGAAACGGCCGUGUUUGUGUCGGAUGCUGCAAAGUUCGUUGAGCCGAACGUUAUGUUUUCAGCGAUGAUGCUGUUCUUCGGAUGCUGGGGCGGGGUGCUCUGCAUCCUCAUCUUCAAGGCAGUGUUCAGGCGCGAGUUUUGGCAGGCAGAUGACUCGAUCUUCAUCAGCUACCGCCAGGCAACCGAUAAGCUGCUGGCCAGUCGCCUGUGGCAAGAGCUUGUGGAGGCCAGCCCCAAGUAUCUUGGCCAAUCGAACCCAGUGCACGUGUUCCUUGACAUCAAAUCCUUGAAAGGUGGGCGGUCAUGGAAGGCCGGCUUUAUCGAUGGCCUGAAGAAGAGCGCUUUGUUUGUGCCCAUCGUCUCCUGGCACAUGGAUAAUGAACACAACCCUUGGAUGCGAGGAUCUGCUGGGCAGAUGGCUGCCCUAGAAACCGGAGAACAUGCGAUAGGCGAUAAGGGCGGGAAGUCCCCCGACAAUGUGCUUUUGGAGUACAUCAUCGCGUACGAGCUGCGCAGGAAAAACAAGAUCAAGAUCUUCCCCAUCGCGGUUGGCAGCUCUGAACCAGGCAUGCACUCGUCGAGGGCUUUCAGUGCGUACGGCAGCUUCCCCAUGGAACGCAUUGAUCAUCUUCCUGAUGAGCAACACCAGGCCACCAGUGAAGAGGCGGAGAAAGUACUUCUGGACAACAGCAUCUUGACCAAGAAUGAAGUGCAAAAGUACAGCAAAGAGUGGACCCCGAAACAGUUGAUUGAAUUCAUGCUUGACCAGACAGAGAUAGCACACUGCAACAUUUCUGAGCUGGGUGAUAAAACCACAGCAAUAACAGGUGCUGCACUGCAAGUUCUGGGCUAUCUUGAGGAGGAAAUGCCAUGACGUUUCAUCUGGCGACAACGGUGACGG